GCAGGCUUUGGGGGGCGGGGUUCAUUCUUAGCUCUGCAGUCAUUAAAUGGUUGAGUUGAAAACUCCACUUUUGUGUUUUGAAAAUGGGAAAGUGGACCGUUCUCUCGGUUGUAGUGUUGUUAGUGGCGUUGCUGCUCGGUGAGAGGUUCACCGCCGUCCGGAGGAGAUUCCUCGUCGAUAGGGUGGUGGCCAACAAUCAUCUGCAGAACUGUGUUGAGCUCAAACACCUGGAUCAUGGGGCUGAGGAUAUAACCAUCGUUGGAGACGGCCUUGCCUUUAUCAGCUCUGGUCUGAAGUACCCUGGAUUACCAACCUCUGACAUUCCUGGGAAAAUCUUCAUCCUUGAUCUGCACGAUCCCCGCCUGAAGCCUGUGGAGCUUCGUUUGCCUCGGAGCUUUGAUGUGGAAUCCUUCAACCCUCACGGCAUUAGUGUCUACAUCGACCCGAGUGAUGAUUCGGUGUACCUACUUGUUGUCAAUCAUCCUCAACAUAAAAGCCAAAUUGAGGUGUUCAAAUAUGACGAAGAGGAUCGCUCCCUUUUGCACAUCAAAACCAUCCAACAUGAGCUGCUUCACAGUGUGAAUGAUAUUUUUGCUGUGGGACCAGAAAGCUUCUUUGCCACCAAUGAUCACUACUUCUCCAAUGAGCUCCUCAAAUAUCUGGAGUUUCUCCUGCUCCAGCCAUGGACCAAUGUGGUGUUCUACAGUCCAAAGGAGGUGAAAGUGGUGUCUGAGGGUUAUUACUUUGCAAAUGGAAUCAACAUGUCUCCAGACAAACAACACAUGUAUGUGGCCGAUAUCUUUGACCACAAUAUCCAUGUUUUGGAGCGCAAAGAAGACAACAUGCUGACCCGUGUGAAGACUGUCGAUGUGGCUUCACUGUGUGACAACAUCGAGGUUGAUCCUGAGUCUGGCGACCUCUGGCUUGGCUGUCACAUCGACGCAAAGAAAGUUUUUAUCUUUGACCCAAAAGACCCGCCUGGAUCAGAGGUUAUCCGCAUCCAGAACAUCCAUUCUGAUCAGCCAGUGGUGACUCAGGUGUAUGCAGAUGAUGGUCAUGUCCUCAUGGGCUCCUCUGUGGCGACCGUCUAUGGGGACAAGCUGCUCAUUGGAACUGUUUUUCAUAAGGCUUUGUGCUGUGAUUUCAAGUAAACAAUCAUUUCCUUUGUGGAUGCAUUGCACUAAAAGGAAAAGAAUUCUCUAUUUCUUAUCUUUCUAAUGCAAAGUAUGACCAUGAAAGGAAGGGGUGAACAUUAAGAACACCAGGUUUGAUUAGAAAAAUGAACAUAAGGAGAGUCUGAUCAUGGAAUCAAAUGUUUGGUGCUGGUGUGCUUUUAAUAGGAAAAAAGAAACUUGAACUAAAAUUGUUUUUUUUCCACUGCUCUGGGAUUUUUAUUUUUAUUUUUUACUCUGGAUGUUUACAUGUUUUCUUAGCUGUGAUCUUUUAGCUGUGGUAUUCUUUUUGUGUUUUUGACAAGAAAUAAAAUGUACAACUGGACAAAA